AUGGCUUCACGAUAUCACGACGAUUGGCAAUCAAGUAAGAAAACAGUGUUACAAAGAAACGCGUAUAUGUUUGAUAACGAAUUAAUGAGCGAUGUAUCUUUCACUUGUGGGAAAUCAAGUCGCAUAUUUCAUGCACACAAAUAUGUGCUUGCUACGAGCAGUGCUGUGUUUUUUGCCAUGUUUUACGGGAAUUUAACCGAGAAAGAAUUUCCUAUUUGUAUCGAUGACGCGGAAGAAGAAAGCUUCGAAAAGUUUCUGCGAUUCCUCUACACUGACGCUUGUAAAAUAACGACCAAGAACGCGAUAGGUGUUAUGUAUUUGGCUAAGAAGUAUCUCGUUUCGUCUUUGGCGGAGAAGUGUUGCGAGAUUCUAGAGGCAAGCAUCAAGCCUGAUAAUGUCUUCGCGGUGUUGGAGAAAGCCGUGCAAUUUGAUGAAAAAGAGUUAGAAGCAAAGUGCUGGAAUAUUGUUUUGGAGAAACCUCAGGAAUGCGUCAACGCGGAAGCGUUCUGUAGUAUCGGAUCAGCCACGCUCAAUGCUUUUUUAAAGAAAGAGACGUUCUCGAUAACAGAAAUGGAAUUGUUCAAAGUAAUAUUGAAAUGGACCGAUGAGGAAUGUGGAAGACAGGGUAUAAAUAUCGAACAUGACAAAACGGCAAGAAGACGCAUCCUAGGAGAUA